CCGAACACGAGGAGGUGUGGCACGCGGACGAGCUGCGCCUGCCGCUGGGCGCAGCGCCGCGUGGCGUGGGCGCAGCGGCGCUAAAGUGCGCGCCGUUGUGCCGCGCCGCAUGCGCGCCGCACGCGACACACACCGACGCCGCCGUCCAAGGGGCAUCUCCAGCGCUUCUUCUGACCGCCUGCUGCGGCGGCAAACGUGCGCCAGGCACGCAGGGCGCAGCGUACCAUGCGCUCCAUGCGGUCGCGCGAUCUCAGCUUGGCCCCUGGGCGAAUCCAGCCGCGGCUACUUGGGGCGCUCGGCGAUGCUGGCCGCGUGGUGCGCGCACGACCUCAUGUCCCGUCGCCGAGCUCGCAGCGCCAGCGUCGUGCUGUGGGUGGCGGCACGACGGCACAGCAGCCUCGCUCCGUCGCGCGUAUAAGAAGGCCGCCUCUCGCCCGCCCACCUCUCAGCUCUGCACACUUCGUCACCCUCUUUCGUCACCUCGCCUCUUCUUCUUCUUCUGCUCAACAGCUGGUCUGUUUUGCCUCUCUUUCUGCCUUCUCUUUGUUCCUCGCUCUCUCGCCUCUUCAAGCUCUUCACACCAUGUUCAGCAACGCGUCCAAGUUCCUGCUCCUCGUGCUCCUCGGCCUCAGCGCCUCGCUGCAGAUCGCCGCGGCGCCCGUCGACACGACCGCCGAGCCGCUUGCGGCACGCGCGCCCCUCGGCGCCGCCUUCGGGCGCCUCGCCGGCAAGUUUGGCGGCAAGGGCGGCGCGGCGGGCAGCGCGGCCGGGGCCGGUGCCAAGAAGGGCGGCGGCGGCAUGAUGGGUGGCAUGGGACUGGCGGCCGCUGGCACGCUGCCGUUCAUGAUCCCUGGCAUGAUGGGCGGCGACUCGUCGCAGCAGCAGCCUGCUCCGGCGCCUGCGCCGGCCCCGGCUGCCUGAGCGCCUGCGCCACCGAGAUACCUAGCAGAUUGCGCAUCACCCCUUGCACCUCUGGCCCGUACGCGCGGCGAUGCUGCUCCGUCAAUGCGAUGCCUCAUGUGUG